CAGUUUGGUUCUCUCCCUUAUCCCUCAAAACUUCCACAAAGAUGGCUUCCCGACUCUACACCAAGGGCCGAAUUAUCGGGCACAAGCGAGGAAAGCGAAACUCCCGCCCCAACCAGUCCCUCGUCCAGGUCGAGGGUGUUGACAGCGCGGAGGCCGCUAGGGCUUACUUGGGGAAGCGAGUUGCCUACGUCUACAAGGCCAAGCGAGAGAUCAACGGUUCCAAGGUCCGAGUCAUCUGGGGCCGAAUCUCUCGAUCUCACGGUGGUAACGGUGUCGUCAAGACCAAGUUCCGAACCAACCUCCCCGCUAAGACUUUCGGUGCCUCUUGCCGAAUCAUGCUUUUCCCCUCCAACAUCUAAACUCCGCAUACGACCAGCAUUCUACAUAUCCCAAACCCGCUUA